AUGUCCAACUCUGACCUGAACGGCAGUGGGAUUUCCCUGGAAGAUGUCAUCGCCUCCACCAGCGGCAGCAAAAAGCCGUCCAAAACACGAAAAGUGAUUGCUGCUUCCGUGUCUGUCGCCAAACGGCCCCUUCGCACCGUCGGCAGAAUGGUGAGCAAACGCAAACACUCCAUUCAUGCUCAGGGCUACGGCAGCAUUGAAGAAGGAGAUGAAGCGUUGGACGACGAAGAAGAAGACUUGAUAGAUGUCGCUCAGGACGACGAUGACGACAACAGUGGACCGGCUGCCGCUGAUGGUGGCAUCCCAGAAGUGAUUGGACCCCAGCAGCGCGGCUCCUUCAUGGAGCGUGUCAAUUCGUACCGAAGCGGUGUUGCUGGUUCCGGAUCAGCAGAAAUGGGCGGAUCGACGACAACUCCUCGACGAGGGUCGCUCACGGGGGCCCUUCGAUCGGCUGUGGGUGGGAGUGGUGGAGAUGCAGCCACAGCGGCCGGAGAACUGCCUCUUGUGGGAGAUCAGCGUGACUGGGUGGUCUUUCGACUGGAACGAUACUUGCGCCAAAUUACUCUUGUUUUGGCUGCAUUCAUCGUGGGAUCUUUCAAGGCGGAAUGGAGAGUUUUUGUUUGGAAGGCUUUGGAAUAUGCGCUGGUCGCAUGGGGUACUUGUGGUGUCUUGUGGUUUAUGGCAAUGACUUCAACUCCUCCAACCACGGCGGGUGUUCGGCCUCGACAGCUCUUUGCAGGCCGCAGACUUGCUCCCAGGGGAGGAGCUGCAACUCCAGAUACAACCGCAGGAAAAAAGAGUAAGAUUGAAACUGUCACAACAGAUCCAGGUAGCGCUGGUGGGGAAGCUGCAACAGUCAAAACGGGGGACUCUACUGGCCCUUACAUCGACGAUGACAGACCAAAAGCAAGAGGAGUGGAACCUAGAGCAGGCGCUGCUAAUGACGACGAAUUAGCCAUCUUACUACCAGAAAAAGCGCAAACACAAGUCGACGAGGUUGAUACUUCAAAGAAGAAACGCUCCAAGCGAACACCCAAAAAGAAGCCGUCGGAUGACGGCGGUGAAGCGCCCUCCACCCAAGGCGCAGUCAUGCCACACGCCGCUCUGAAUCCUUUCUAUACCAUCGACACCACCACUGGAGAGCGGGUUAUACCCAAUUCCAGCUCUCCGCAUAGUAUUUCGAAUGAUUGGUUUGAUAUGACAAUGAUGGUCUUGAUUCGAACUCCCGACGUCGACGACCCCGCUCAUCCCAAGGGGAACGAAGAGAACGAGGCAGUGUGCAAUUACAUGAGGGACAAGCAGCGCAGAUUCGAAUUUCAGUAUCAGCUCAAGCUCAAAAAAUUGCCCGAAAAUCAAAAGAUCUACUUUGCUGCAGAAUUGGAGGAACCCGUGAAGAUGGGCAUCAUUCAGCGUGCUUUCGUCGGAGCGGCAAUGGCAUUUAUCAAAAGCACCAACAACAGUUUUCACUACUCCAUGGCCGGAAGUAAAGAAGAUCCUGAUGGUCGAUGGGAAAAGCCGCACAUGUCAUUCCCUGUGGAAAUGAGUAUGGACCGUGUGGUUGUGACAAAGGCUGGGGAUGCACCGCCAACGUUGGGUGAUGUCAUUUACGAGGAUCCGGAAUCCAUCAAAGCCAGGAAAAAGGGAGGCCCAGUGGACUGGAACCUAGAGGAUACCUACACGAUGGCACUCUGGACGGCAUACGUGGAUUUCUUGGAAUGGAAGGUCAUCAAUCUUCCUGGAAUUCGACCUUUUGAACUCAACAAAGUCAUUGGCCCACAACCAAUUUUGCUGACGUUGUACCUGAUCCCCGUGGACCGAUCCGCGGAGAAGCACUACAGAAGAGAUAUCACCCAAGUUGUAGAGCUCGAACUGUGCAACACGGACACUGGACUUCUUGGAGAAUUCGCACGCAAGUGGGCAGCCAAACAGAAGAACCAACCCAUCACGCCGCGUUCUGAGGACACUCAUUCUACUGCUGGUGAGCUGUUGGGAGAUGAAACGGAGUAUGACGCCGCAGAUGCUGCAACGGCUGCAGAGCUCGGCGAAGGCAUGUAUUUGCGUAGUGGGGACAGCGUUGUUCUUCGGGAAUCCGGCGCGGAUAAUGAUGAAAAUGAAAACCCUUGCUUCGUCACGAACGGCGCUGGUUUUGCCGUUCUAGCCGAAGGUGUCUCAUCUGCGUCCACUAUAGUAAUGCAGAAAGCACGCAGAAAGAGCGUCAGAUCGAGAGCACGGAGCGAGUUGAUAAAGAGUGGUGAUACAGUGUCCGUCAGACUUGUGACGAAAGGCAGGAACCGAGAUGAAACCGAGAUUCGUUACCUCUCAAUUCACCGCGGUUGGUGGCUAAAGUGGGUGUCUACGCCGCCGAAGAAAAAUGGAUUCUUUACGAUCUUCACGCAUGAGACUGAGUUUGCCGAUCACGAUAACGACGAGUUGCCAUCGAGCGAGACUCAAUCACAAUACCUAACGUUUGGGGGUUCGUUCUGGUUGCGGCACAAACGUUGGUCGCAAUACAGUGUUGGCUCGUCGUCUGAGGGCUCCGCAACUUACGGUGGUAGAGUGUUAGGGCUGUUUCAGCCCCUCAAGGGGGCAAGUCAGGGGGGCGCAGAAAUGUCGUACAACUCGGAUGAUGAAGACCUAUCUUUGACCGACGGCAAAGGCAAGAGGAGGUGGAUGAAACCUUUACAACUGCGUGCCUACGAAGCGAGCCAGGCAAGCAUGGCUUCGGUACCCGGACUUGCCAAAAUUGGCAGCGAAGAGCAGCCCUCAGAAGAACCACAAUCUGGUGAACGACCAAAGCUUGUCUUUUCAAACGAGGAUUCUAGGCUCGACGUCCCGGCAUGGGUUGAGGUCAUGAAUCGCACUGAACGAAUACGACAACUAGCUUAUGCCGUCCGCGUCGAACCUAGCUCGAACAGUUCAAGUGAAGAAUCUGUGUCCACGUUGGAACCACUUUGUAAACCGUUUGUGAGACUUCGAACGGGGAGAGAUCUUGCGGAGAUCAUGCGCGUUGGUCUAAGUUGGAGGAGCACAGCUGCUUUCCCAGAGAAGAAUGCACCGCCGAGGACACCAGUCAGCCCAAAUAAGACCACUUCUGCAUCUUCAAUCGAUGGCGCUGUGACGCCUACGAGGGGAGGGUCGUCUCCGUCUGCUGCGUUUAUUUCUAGUGUCAAUUCACGAACUGGACCGCCCAACCUCGCAAUGGACGGCUCGUUUGAAGACUUGAAUGGAGAAGAAGGCUCGCAACAAUGGGAAUCAGACGACGAUGACACGGAGGGACCUUCAGUUCUAGAUGACUCGGGGCCAACCAAGAAAUCCAAACGAAGGAUCGUUGGAAGCACAAUUGGGGCCAUAGGCAAGGUUGCUAAAGCGGGUGCUACGGCAGGAGCCAAGGUUGCUAAAGCGGGUGCUAAAGGUAGUGUGAAGGCAGGCGUCGCCGUUACCAAGGCGGGCGUGGGCGUAACGAAAGGCGGGGCUUCCAUGGGGAAGAAAGUGGUCGUCUCAAGCGUUAAAACAAGUGUAAAAAUUGGCAAGGGAACUGUCAGCGCCGGAGUAAGCGCUGGCAAGGCAAUUAUAUCUAGCACAAGCCGAUCCAAGAACCCUCCAGGGCGACAGCCAAAGUCCAAGGCUGGUCAGCAAGCAAAGUGGAGACGAGAGCGAGACCUUCAUGUCGCUGUUAACAAGACUGUGAAGCAAAUUGGCCCAGAACAAUCAAAUCUCUUUUUCUUGGCUGGCGAACUUGCAGCGCCUGAGCAAUCAUACAGAACCGUGUCGAACGUGUUGGCACGAAUGUCGAGCAUUCCGACGUCGUCACCGUUCUCGGGUAAUUUCAACAACAUCCUAUCUACGCAGAUUGUGCAGGCUUCUGAUCAAGAUACCUGGUUCCUUAGUGGUGGUGCCAUGCAAAUCGGAGUUGUUCCCGACCCGAAGCAAGAGGUUCUCAAGGGGGCUCUGGUGUGUGAAAGUCUAGUGGCUAGAUGCCUGUGGGAGAGCCACUGGCGAGAAGAGUGGUGCGGAGUGUACCGAAAAAGCAUUGUGUUUUACGCACCCCUAACGACGAAGGCCUGCUUGGAGUUUUCAUUCUCGGAUGUUCAAUCGAUCCGAAUGCUGGAUACUCAGCAGAGGAACCCGCUCCCGGGGUUUCCUAUUCUGGCUAUCGAAACGGCUUGGCAAUGCCAUUAUCUUGCUUUCCCAAGCGACGAAGCGCGAGACAGCUUCCGUGAGAAGGUCGAGAUCUUGAUCCCUAAGAGAUCUGCUCGUGCUGAGGUCCAGAUUACAGGCGCGAGCGAACGCGAACUUUGGAAGGCUCGGUUUUGGCAGGGAUUCCAGAAUUCUGUGGAGUCCGAAUCAGCAAUUUGCCGUGGCAAGUGGGCCGAAGUGCAAUCUGGCAGCAAGUCUAUCUGCAGAACGAUACUGAACGGGCGAAGGAUGGAUUUUGAUUUGGACGAAGGGUUCCUAAGAGAAGCCGGCGGUCUUGGAAAGUAUGUAGAGGAUCUCCUCUCCACGUCCUUGUCCUUUUCGUUGAGCUCGCUCGAGCGUGACCCUGAACGUCUAGUGAAAUUCCUCGAUGCUGUCAGUCAUCUACGACUGAUUCCAAUCAUUGAGAUCGACCGAGAGGGAGUCGAGGCAUGCUGCCUUUUCGUCAACCUCUAUCAUUGCCUUCUCCAGCACGCUCUCCUAUUGGCGGUGAAUGGACCUCUUCACAGAAGAACUGUCGGCAACUUUAUGCGCGCAUCGUGUUAUGAGAUUGGUGGAGACGUGUUCUCGCUGGCCGAGAUUCAGAGCUGCAUUAUUCGCGGCAACAUGUCGCGCCCGGUUUCACCCAAGCCUCCUUACGUGGAUGCCCCCAAGAAAUCGAAUGCGUACCGUUUCUAUGCGCUCAAAUUUACUGACCCUCGAAUCAACUUUGUGUUGAACACGGGUGAUGUUUCCUGCCCCCAAGACAUUCCUGUGUUGCGACCCGAAAGGAUUGAAGAUCAAUUGAGCACAGCUUCGGUCGCAUUUUUAGAAUCGCAGCUUUCUGUGGACGUGAUCCGUCGAUGCGUGUUGCUUCCUAGAGUGUGCGAAGUAUACAAGAAUGAUUUUGAGGAUGAGGCCAGUGGCUGCCUUUACUAUUGUUCUCGCUAUCUGGAUUCGGCAACAGUGAACGCCCUCAAACGGAUGCUGCGUGAAGAGACAACUCUGACCAUCAAGUAUCAAUCGAGUGCUGAUCAGUAUCAUACCAAGCUGGUCCUUCGCAAGGAAAAAGAAGAUCCACCACCGCCAGAGCUAACGCAAUCUUCGUCGCAAUCUUAUCCUCAGCCUCAACAACAGCAGCAGUCACAGCCACAACAAACACAGCGCUCCACACCACAGGCGCCGCCGACAACCACACAGGAACAGCCCGCAACGUGA